AAAAUCUAUUGGCUGGCAUUUACAACCUUCACACCGGAAAAUAUUUCAGGCUCAAUCCUGAAGAAGAUGAUUUCAAAGUCCAAACAUGCGGACUGUAGCUCUUCUGCUCCUCGGAGUUCGUCUCGCCUGUGCAGAAACACACUCUCUGAAAUACUUCUUUACUGCUGUGUCUGGAGACAUUGACUUCCCAGAGUUCACUAUUGUUGGUCUGGUCGAUGAAGGGCAGUUCAUUUACUUUGACAGCAACACAAUGAAAGUUGUGCCGAAGACAGAGUGGAUGAGACAGAAAGAAGGAGCAGAUUACUGGGACACACAAACACAGCUUGCAGCUGGAACUCAUCAGGCAUUCAGAAACAACAUCCAAGUCGCAAAAAAACGGUUCAACCACUCAACAGGUGUGCACACAUUCCAGGAAAUGUACGGUUGUGAAUGGGAUGAUCAGACUGGAAAAACAGAUGCGUUCCGCCAGGAAGGUUAUGAUGGAGAGGACUUUCUGUCUCUGGAUUUGAAGGAGAUUAGAUGGAUUUCCCCAGUACCGCAAGGAUUCAGCACUCAGAACAAGUGGAAUAAUAACAGAGCUUAUCUUGAGGGCAGAAAACAUUACUUCAGCACUGUGUGUAUUGAGUGGCUGAAGAAGUAUGUGGAGUAUGGAAAGAGCAGCCUGCAGAAAACAGUCUCUCCUCAGGUGUCUCUGUUGCAGAAGGAUUCCUCUUCUCCAGUGAUGUGUCAUGCUACAGGAUUUUAUCCCAGUGGAGUAACAAUUACCUGGAUGAAAAAUGGACAAGAUCAUCAUGAGGAUGUGGAUUUUGGGGAACUUCUUCCCAAUGAGGACGGAACCUUCCAGAAGACGAGCACCCUCAGGGUUACACCUGAUGAGUGGAAGAAGAACCAGUUCAGCUGUGUGGUGGAACAUCAGGGAGAAACCAUUAGAAUCAUCCUGACAGAGAAAGAGAUCAGGACCAACUGGGGAGAUUCUGUUCCCAUCGGCAUCAUUGUUGGUGCUGUUGCUGCUGUCGUCCUGUUGAUUGUCAUUGGUGGAUAUAUGAUGUAUCAGAAGAAAAAAGGCUUCAGACCUGUCAGCGCCUCUGACAGUGUUACAGUUCCAAAUGGAUAAAGAUGAGACCAGAUGUGUGGGAGAGAUGAAGUUGAAAAAAUUAUACUUAUCCUGCUGUCCUUCCAGCUUAAACUGUAUAUAAACACACACACACACACACACACACACACACACACACAGACAGAGAGAGGAGCAGAUAUUUCUGGGAUGGGAACAGAAAGUGUGAAUAAACAACUUUAGUUUUUAGGUGUAAUGUAGAACCGUGAGAUCUCUUCUGAUUCUACAUUAAUUACAUAUAUUUUUUUUU